UGUCAUUUUACGCCGGUUGGCAGCUGAAACCGCUAAACCCACCCCUUGCAACUCAACACCUUGCUCUCCACUCAACUCAUCUUCACUUCUACGCUUAUUUUUCCUUUUUCUUUUUUUUUUCUCUCUCUUAAUUGAAACCGUUUUUCAUUGCCAAUCCUCAACAAGUUCUGAUCUUUCAUGCAUUCUUGGCCAGUUUUAUUCCAACCCAUCACCAACCAAAACACUUCGUCAUUUACUUUUAUUACUUUCAUUAAUUUUAUUUAUUUAACUAAUAAUAAUACACUCGUGGUGGUGGGGCUGGAGUAGCGCUUUCUCUCAGUGAAACGCCUUAAGCUAUAGCUCAGACACUUGAGAGUGGUGAUUUUGAGUUUCGGGUUCAUUCUUGUUUUUUCGUUCCGUCAUUGGUUUGUUUGUUUGCACCGAAAACCAGUUUCGAAACUGGCCUUAAUUGUUUUUACUGUUCUGGUCGAAAAAAGAGUACACACAAACCAUGGCUGGUGCCACCAAAAAUUGGCUUACGUUUUCGUUGACUCCCAUGGAAACGCAGUUCGGUCCAUACGACAUCACCACUCCCUCUCACUGCUUCAACGACAACAACUUUUAUGGGUGGGCGAAUUCAAAGGGUGUGAUGGAUUCACAGAGUGAGACCCAACAACUUGCGGUGCCGAAAAUGGAAGAUUUUUACUUCGGUGAUCACCAGCAAGAUCUGAAGGCGAUUGUUCCUGGGUUCAAAGCGCUCUCUGGGACCAACUCGGUGGAUGACUCGGCCCCCAACAAGACGACGACUCGGGUUGCGCCCGCUGAGUUGACUGGUGCUCACUCAGGCGAGUCUUGCAAAGGAUCUGCUUUGUCGUUAUGCGAUGUUGCUGCAAAUGGUUCUGAUGAUAGUAAUGAUAAUAAGGCCAUUGUUGCGGUGGGGUUUGAUACUCGGAAGAAGGUUGCUCAUACCUUUGGCCAGCGAACUUCAAUUUACAGAGGGGUCACAAGGCACCGAUGGACGGGCAGAUAUGAAGCGCAUCUAUGGGAUAACAGCUGUAGGCGAGAGGGUCAGGCCAGGAAAGGGCGUCAAGUGUACUUGGGUGGUUAUGACAAGGAAGAUAAGGCUGCGAGGGCUUAUGAUUUAGCAGCUCUAAAGUACUGGGGACCAACAGCAACCACUAACUUUCCUAUUUCCAAUUAUACAAAGGAAUUGGAGGAGAUGAAGCAUGUAGGAAAGCAAGAAUUUAUUGCAUCACUGCGAAGGAAAAGCAGUGGUUUUUCGAGGGGAGCUUCUGCUUACAGGGGUGUUACAAGGCAUCACCAACAGGGUAGAUGGCAAGCGAGAAUUGGCCGGGUUGCGGGAAACAAGGAUCUAUAUUUGGGAACAUUUUCAACUGAAGAGGAGGCAGCAGAGGCAUAUGAUAUUGCAGCCAUAAAGUUCAGAGGUGCAAGUGCCGUAACCAAUUUCGAGAUGAGGCGAUAUGACAUCGACGCUAUAUUGAACAACUCUCUUCCAGUUGGCGGCAUAGCAAAACGCUUUAAAGUUUCCCCAGAAACGGAGAACAAAGCUCUUGUCAGCACCAUUCAACCACCUCAGAACACAAACGCCAGUAGCAGCAUCAAUUUCUCAACCAUUCAGCCAGUGUCUUCUAUACCCUAUGAUUCUGCAAUCACAUGUUACCCCCACAACCUCUUCCACCAUUUUAAUCCCACCAACGGUGAAAGUAGCACUGCAGAAUUUGCUGCAACUAUGACCGAUGCAAUCGCACUCGCUACCCUUCCACCACUGGCAGUUCCUGGGUUCUUCGUAUGGCCUCAUCAGAACUAUUGAAUUGUGGAAAUGAUCAACUAGCUAAUUUUCUGUUCUGCUAACAAAUAGAAAGCUAGUUUAUGGUGCAAUUUAGCUUGACCUGCUUCUGGGUCUGACCCCUCUUUAACCCUUUUGCUGAGAAGAAAGAUAGGUUUUUUGCUCGGAAAGUCCGAGUCAUAGUAACUGUAGGGAAUGGAUUAUGUAAGUAACUUCUCUAAGUUGAGGAGUAUUGAGUUGUGGUUUUUCAAGCUUGAACAAAGCUUUUCUAAUUUUGCUUGAUAACUUACUGCAGCAUAAUAAAUGCUUACUUUUUUCUUCUCCAA